AUUCGAUAAACGAAAACAAUCUAUUACUAAUCAGACACACCUAUUCUUACUUUGGACCAAUGUAAUCAAUUAUUUUACCAAUAUAUUUUCCGCUUUCUUAUUGGAGAUUAUGGUCGUCAGGGUUGUUUAUCAGUAGUAAGGGGAACUUGAAACCGGCCCCUGCCAUUUCCCCUCGGUUGUUUUGCUUUUUUUUAUCCUGGAUUCUCCAUGUUGGAGCAAUAGCGAGGACUUGCCUAGUAUUAGCUAGCUGUCAGAGGGGACCUUGGCGUUACAAUAAUAUACAUCGUGUUAAAUGCAUGAGACAAAUUGGGUAGCUUGAACGUGGAAAGAUAGCGGCAGCAAGCUGCAAUUGCCACGAGAAAAACGUGUUUAUCUAAAUAUUUUAGGAUACCAACGGGUUGGUAAGCGCAAUUGCUAACCAGCUAGCUGAAUGUUGAAAGUAGCUACCUGCGAAUUGGGGGAACGGAUUGGACUUUGAGGGGCUGUGCAUUUGUUAGAUGGAAAGUUCUAUUAUCACUCAAGUGCAGAAAGAAGAUAGUCAACUGCCGUCCAAGACAGGCCAGGUGAACCAAUCUUCCCCAAAGAAGCCUCGGAGCCGGAAUAUCUUCAAAGCGCUUUUCUGUUGCCUCCGAGCACAGGAUGCCCCUCAGCCUCCACCCCCUGCCCAGGAUACUCUACUCCCUCCUGAGGACAAUGGGACGAUCGACAAGCUUGAUCUACUUCAAAACCUUCGCUACCAGUUUCAUCAAGUUCCAGGGACAAGUCUACUGCCCGAGGUAACCCCUCAGGAUGAGGGCAAGAUCUGUGUGGUCAUUGACCUGGAUGAGACAUUGGUGCACAGCUCCUUCAAGCCCAUCAGUAAUGCUGACUUCAUUGUACCUGUGGAGAUUGAAGGAACAACACACCAGGUUUACGUCCUGAAGAGGCCACAUGUAGACCAGUUCCUCCAGAGGAUGGGAGAGCUGUUUGAGUGUGUUCUCUUCACUGCAAGUCUUGCAAAGUAUGCAGACCCAGUGACAGACCUGCUGGAUCAGUGUGGUGUGUUCGGGACGCGUCUCUUUCGGGAGUCCUGUGUGUUCCACCAGGGCUGCUACGUCAAGGACCUGAGCCGCCUGGGCCGCCAGCUCAACAAGACCCUUAUCCUUGACAACUCUCCCGCCUCUUACAUCUUCCAUCCUGAGAAUGCUGUGCCUGUGGUGUCCUGGUUUGACGACCUGGAGGACACUGAGCUGCUGAGCCUCCUACCCGUCUUUGAGGAGCUGAGUGAGGCGGACGACGUCUAUGCCAAGCUGCAGCAGCUACGAGCCCCCUGACACAACACGCCCCCUCUGACAAGCCAGAGCCUCCCCCUCUCAGCCAGACCACACCCAUCAACCGACGGAAAAAAACAAAACCUUACUUACAUACACACACUCUGUGUGCUGUGUUAGUAUCAUAGACACACUCGGCGGUGUGUUUGUUUGGCCCCUGAACGGUGUGUUUGGACGGCUGUCCACCGCUCCUACUGUCCUCUUCCUCCUCAGUAUGUUAGCUGGUGCUGCAAAACUGUUCUGGAAACAAUCCAACAAACACAAUGCGAAGUGGCUCACUCUUUUCUCAUUUUAAAAUCGGAACUCAAACACAUACUAUUAAUCCAAUCAUUCACACUGACUGGCCAGGUCUUUGUUUCUCCAAAACAAGACUUUGAUUUUAUAGCACUAAUUGUGACACAAAACAAUGGACUCUGCACAUCAUCUCUCUGCUUCGACAAUAAUCUCUGUAGAAACACGUUGACAAAGGACUCUAAAGCAUUGCAAGGAAACUGCUAAAUCCAGUGAUUUAAUUUCAAUUUCUUAGUACAACUGCCUCUAUAUAGGCUGUUUUUAAGGACUUUUCUCUCCUGAAUGGAUUGAUUACUUCAGGAAAUUCAUUUUGAAAGUUGAACAGGUGGUCUUUCUGAUCCAAGGCCGUCAGUACAUAACUAGACAUUACAGUACAUAAGAUGAUAUGACCUCAUUUGACCAGACCUUACAUGGGGAGCAAGGGAUCUCCAUCUUUGUGCCUUCUGUAUAAGAACAAAAUAAUUCAAUCUUUUUUGUUGUUUUUAAAGAAGGAAAAAAAGCUUUGUUCCUUGUAGAAAAUGGUUGUUCUUUUUCAAUCUUUACGCUUUUCUAUACAUUUUUAAGAUGUCUUUUAAAUGUUGGAUAUGUUGGUUAGAAGUACAGAUGAUGAAUUUUGUAAUGUCUGGGAUGUUGAGGAAGAACAGCCAUACAUUAACAGCCUCUGUAUCUUGUAGUUACAUGAAAUUCUCCAUUCUCAUUUGCUGAAGAUAUCCUCAGCCAAUAGGGAUCAUUACAAUCCAAGGGGUCACACCCAUGGUGUAAAUGCAGUGGUGUAACAAACCCUGCCUCUAUGCUGAUUCACCCUGAGCUGCAUCAGGUACAGGAUACUUGAGCUGAUUCAGCUCAACUUUUAGCACACUAAAAAAAACCAUUUAAAUGAACAGACUGAUUGAGACUUCGUGUUGCAAAUUUGGAGUGAUUCUAUGCUGGUAUUUAGUCUUCAAAGGAUGCCAUAGUGGAUAAACCAAGGCCUUGUUUUAAAAUGAUUCACAUUUUGUGUCAAGCCUUCUGGGUGCCAUAUUAUUUGGUUAGCUUGGGGGACUUGUAUAAGCUGCUAAGAGUGAACACAAUGCACACUAGUUUAGCCCCCACCUUUAGCCCUUUCUCCAUACUUUGCCAAGUCAUUAUUUAAAAAUGUAUUAUAUUUUUGGUGAGAUGUUUCUACAUUACUGAGACUUAAAAGUAUGUCUGAUAAAUGAUCUUUGCGUUAUUGCCUGUUGUUCUAGAAGGUCUACGGUACUCACUGCCAUAUCUCAGGUGUUGUACACAUUGUGGGGUGGCAGCGGUUUUGUGGUGCCAUAAACUGGAUGGAUUUAGCAAGAGAUGUUCUACUGCUCAAGUUGUAAUUUAGCACACAUAGACAUGCCCAAGCCAGACUAGUCACUGCAUCCCAAAGAGAUUUGUUUUGUGGUUUUAUUCACAAGAUAAAGCGCCUUCUCAUACUAUUACACUAUGAAGUGCCUAAGGUUUCUUUCUGCAAUAGAAGCUUUGGAAUAAAGCACGAAGGGUCUUCAUCCCCAUUUUUUAUUUUACAUUUUUAUAACUGUUACCCUGUCUCUCGUAUUUGGCUGAAAUUGAGUAUCCAUAAAACUCUUUACCAAGUAAUCCUACUCCGCUGUUUCAUUUGGAUUGAAAGAAGGGGCCGUGUGUUAUGAUGUUGUGGACCCCACACCCAUACUGUCAGAGAAAUAUGUCCGUUUAGGCCUAUUCCAUGUCUCCCAAUCUAUAGUUUCUGUUAUUUAGAUAUUUGUAAGCAUUUUAAUCUCUGGAUGUGUCCCAAAUAGCACUCUAUUCCCUAUAUAGUAGUUCUGUAUGGGAUGUUAAGUUGUCUCUUCUGGUGGUGGGAUGUGGUAGAGGGUGCACAGAGCAUGACCUGACUGUCUUCUUGUUAUGUCUGAAACACUAAAGGUAAAGUGGGGUUAGACAUUCAUUUUUACGAAAGCUCAACACUUUGAUUUUGUGGAGGUGGGUGGGUUGGAGGGGAGGGGGAACCAAAUAUUCACAAAUUUCAAUUAAAGCGUUUUCUGCUUCACUUUCCUUUCUUCUCGUCGAAAGAACCCAUCUUGUUGCUUUAAACAUGCAUCACUUAAUUGUCAGUAAUUGUAAUUAGGUUAGAGGCCCACACAUGAUACCUGGUAUAUUCAGUCAUAAUGUCUGCUGACAUGAAAUGACUACAUGUAAUGAAAUAUAUUGACAUUGACAUCAGAGGUGACGUGUCGAACCCUAAUUAGUAAUGUUUUGGAUCACUGGGAAGGAGUAAACGUUCAUCCCUGAUUGCGAGUUAAUGUGUAACUCCCACGAAGGGCAUGCUUAUGGCCCUCAACCAAAGCGACAUCAGACAUGUCCUGUGUUUGAUUCAAAUAUAGUUUACUGUUUGAGAAAUACAAGAUUUCAUGACCACUUUGUGAUCACUAAGCAUCCGAAUGAUGCUAGGAUAAUUAUCAUACUAUAAAUUUUAUCUUACUCAUACAACAGUUUUUAUUUUCUCAAAGUCCUGGAAAGAAAGAAUGUAAAGAACUGGAGAGAAAUGUAUUUGAAAUAGAUUGUCCUAAACAGUCCAUCUGUAAAAAUAAAAGGUUUUGGUGACUUAUCAAGAGAAUUCUUUGUAAUUAUUAUUUUUUUUAUAUGAAAGCCAUAUGUAUACAAAGUCACAAUAUUUUUGAAAUAUUAAAAGCAAAGAAUGGAUAGAAAUGUAGCUCUAAAAAGCUUUCGGUGUUCUUUUGUUUUGGAAAUGAAUUAUUCCAAUUUAAAAUAUUUUGGCCAUUACAAAAUAUGGAGAUCUAUUUUCAGUGUUCAGUUGGGUUACUUUCUGUACGGAUUCUUAGAUGCCAAACAAUCGGAACAAAAUGAGACAUGAGUCCGAGGGUACAAUCGAAUGAUGCAGCGUUGUUUUUAUGUAUAUAUUGAUCAAUCUAUUGGAUAGAUUGUGAUGGUGACCAGUCUAUUAUUCUUCUAAUGGAUGAGAUUUCUGUUUGGAUAAAAUCAUUUCUCCAUUUUAGUUUUUUGUUAACUGGACUCUGUUGGAUUGAUUGUGGGGUUGGGUCAGGUUGUGUACAAUGAACAAACUUCAAAUUUUGCGUAGAAACUAUGCAGUAAUACAUACAGUAUAAUGCAAAAAUGAUAAAACAAUCUUGUGCACGUCUGGAGUUCAAAAUACUGUUUUUACAGCUAUUUUAUCAAACAAACGUGAGACUCCUGCAUUAUAUUUGGGCUUUUUUGUUAAACUAGCAAUUCUGAAAGUUGUUUUUCAAAGAUGGAAUAAAAAAAUUGAUUAGUG